GUUACAAAGAUAGGAAUAGAAAGUGAAACUUGAAGAGAGCAGAUAUAUUGUGGCGUAACUGGUUUGCGAGUUACACACCGUCUUGUUUUCUCCUGGACAUUUUAUAUCGCCGGAGAUUUCCAGCUCAAAAGUGAAAUCCUGCUUUGGGUGUCGCCGAAUAACCGAGUCUCUAAUUAUUCUGGGACUGUGACAUCAUGUCUGGCUGGAGUACCUGGGUUUACGAUGAAGAGUCCUGGGACUCAGAACAUGAUUCUACCUGGGAGGACGAUGAGGAGGAUCUAAAAGAGUCAAAACCGAGAAGAAAAAAAAAUCGCCAGUAUUCUCGGAGUGGCAAAGCAGCUGAGGACUUGCAGCGAUACAGACAUGGCUACCCGAAUCCAAUGCUCAACCUGAAGUUCUACCGAAAUCUCAUACGCUUUGAACCUUAUGGAGUACAUAUAGAUGACCUGCACAACCACUGGAGACAUAAUUACUAUGAACUAGAAUCUAAUCAUAGCUACAUUCAAUGGCUGUUUCCACUACAGGAACCUGGUGUGAACAGAAGUGCCCGUGAACUUACGAAAGAGGAGAUUGAGGAAAUGAAGAAAGAUGAAGAGGUAAUGAGGAGGCUCAUAGAGUCCUAUAAGGUCAUGCUGGGAUUUUAUGGCAUUCAACUCGUAGACUCAAUGACUGGAAAGGUGGCCCGGGCACAGAACUGGGAGGACAGAUUUUCAAACCUUGAUACUCACACACAUAACAACCUCCGGAUCACACGUAUUCUUAAGUGUUUGGGGGAAUUCGGCUACAUACACUACCAGGCCCCGCUGGUCAAGUUCUUUCUGGAGGAGACCCUGUGUCACGGUAACUUAAGGAAUGUAAAAACAAGUGUGCUGAACUAUUUCAUGUUCACUUUGAAGAACAAGAGUGAGCGCAAGGACAUGGUCCUCUUUGCCUGGGAGAACUAUGAACCAAAAAAUAAGUUUAUCUGGGGUCCUGUAGAGACACUCCGAAAACUCAGACCUCCAGCACCUUCUAUUGAUGAUGGGUCAGAGGAUGUGCAAGCUGAGCAAGGAAAUAUUGCAAGAUUCCAGGAAACUGUUUGGUCAAAAGGUGACAGUGAUUUUCAAAGCAAAGCCGGAGAAAGUCAGCAAGAAAGCCGUGGCCACAUCGCUAGCAGUCAUGCAAAUGGAAAACAAACUAAAAAGCAUAAAGGGACAGGUAAAACGGAGUCCAAGAGCCUCUCAUCGGAGCGCGGCUCAGUAGAAAAAGAAAAUGUAUUAAGAAAUUACAAGGGAAACGAAGAAUCACCGGAAGAGUCUGGUAACAAGGAAAUUGAAAUGACGCUACCUGAGUUAAUAGAAGUCAGUGAAAAUAGAAAGUUAGAAGAUUUAACUCUUGACAAGAAGAAAGGUGGGUCACCAGCUGAGUCUAAGUUAGAAGAUGAUAAAGACAAGAUGGGGCUACCAAUAAAUGCUGGGCCAGAAGAAGGCAAGGAGAAUAGAGAGCAAGCAGUGCAGUCUGGGGCAGCAGAUGACAACCAUAAUAAAGAGUCACCAACAGACUGGGAGUCAAGAAAUAAUAAGGAGACAGAAGGGCCACCAGCGAAGUCUGGCUCAGAAGAAAAAAAUAAAAAAGGAGAGGAUCCAAAGCAAACUGGGUCAGCAGAUGACAAGGAUAAUAAAAGCCCAACAGCGGAAUGUGACUUAGAAAAUAACAGGGAGAAAGAAGGGUCGAAAAUAGCGUCCAAGUCAAAAGAUGAUGGGGAGAAUGAAGAGAACACAAUGCAGUCUAGGUCAGAAGAUGACCAGAAUAAUAAAGGCCAACAAACAGAAUGUGAAUCGGGAAAUAAAGAGAAAAAAGGGCCAUUAACAGAAUCUACCCCUGAAGAAGACAAGGAAAAAGAGGAUCCAAGGCAAUCUGGGUCAGCACAUGACAUAGAUAAUAAAGGCCCAACAGCAGAAUGUGAAUUGGGAAAUAACAAGGAGAAAGGAGGGCCAUCAACAGAGUCUACCCCUGAAGAAGACAAGGAAAAAGGAGAGGAUCCAAGGCAAUCUGGUUCAGCAGAUGACAAGGAUAAUAAAGGCCCAACAGCAGAAUGUGACUUAGAAAAUAACAGGGAGAAAGAAGGGUCGAAAAUAGAGUCUAAGUCAAAAGAUGAUGGGGAGAAUGACGAGCACACAAUGCAGGCUAGGUCAGAAGAUGAACAGAAUAAUAAAGGGCAACAAACAGAAUGUGAAUCGGGAAAUAAGGAGAAAGGAGGGGCAUCAACAGAGUCUACCCCUGAAGAAGACAAGGAAAAAGGAGGGGAUCCGGUGCAACUUGGAUUAGCAGAUGACAAGGAUAACAAAGGCUCAAUAGCAGAAUCUGACUUUGAUAAUAACAGGGAGAAAGAAGAGCCACAAAUAAAGUCCAAGUCAGAAGCUAAAGGGGAUAAUGGAAAAAAGCCUAUGCAGUCUAGGUCAGAAGAGCACAAGGAUAGUAAAGGGCAACCAACCAAAAGUAAGUCAGGAAAUAACAACCAGAAAGGAGGACCAUCAACAAAGUCUACCUCCAAGAAGAACACAAGGAAAUAGUAGAGGAUCCAAUAAAAUAUGAGUCUAAUGCCUUAUACACACGAUCUGGCUUUUGCCCGACCAAACUCACAUCGGAAUUUCCGACGGAAUUUCAUCGGAGUAAAA